UACAGUUUACGUACUAGUUCGUACAUAACGAGUUAUAAUAUUUCUGCAGGAGAAACAUGAAGAAAACAACCAAGAGGAAGUUCAACAAGGCCUGAAUCUAACUUCGAACACUGAUCCAAUGCAACAUGCGCUAGCUGCUCCUUUUUAUGAUAUUCGUGGUAUUUUUAAUCAGACUUUGUUAAAGUUGUUCAGCUGGAGCAGCAAGGGAAAAUAUUAUAUGCUUUCUGCAACAGAGGCCAUUUGGGAUUCUUCCAAUACGGAGCUUUUUAAUUCGAAAUCCUCGACUGAGUCCAGAUUUCGAGAGGUGGUCGAGCUUCAAUCAACAGAUAUAUUUCGUAUUAAGUGGAAGAUUCUAAGUGAAAGAUUGUUACAAAAUUCAGAAUACAUGUGUUACCUUGUGUUCAAGUUUUCGGAAAAGUGUAGUGGGUUACAUUGUCCAGUGAUGGUACAAGAUCUAAACCAGCGCCGGAACAAACAGACUCGAAUUGUUUAUUUUAGAACCCCGCAAACAUGGAACAUGUCAGGUGAUGAUAAUCAGGGUCCAAAAGAGAGGGAAGAUGGAUGGAUGGAGGUUAAUUUGUGGAAAUUCAAAACAGAUCCUAAUUAUGGUUGUAUUCCUAUAAAUUUGAAACUUGCAACUUAUGAAGGAAGUAUGUCUGGACUGGUUGUAUGUGGCUUAGAGUUUCGGCCGAUGUAGGAAUCCUUAUAUAUGUUAUUAUAGCACUAACCAAGAAAGUCGGAAACUAUUGUCUCAAGUUCCUGCAAGUAUAAUAUAUAUUCCAUCAAAUUAACCACUACGCCACUACUUCAGUAUUUGAGGGUUGCAGAUCAUAUCCG